ACGUGAUUUUUUUUAAUUUUAAUGACUCGUCACGUGAUUUUAAAAUCGCCGUUGUUAGCUUCAACGGAAGAAUCAACGAUGAGAAACUCUCCUCCUUUGACGACGGCGUUGAGCAAAGAGAGACGAAAGGUUGGGGAGGUAGCGGGAGGAGCGGCGGCGGAGUGUGCGGCGGUGUGGUGUUGUUGUCCAUGCGCGGUUGUGAAUCUGGUGGUUUUAGCUGUGUAUAAAGUUCCGGCGGCGGUUUGUAAAAAAGCUUGGAGACGAAGUAAACGACGACGUUUUACGAGGAAACGACAUGGUUUGCUUGCGUCAGCGACGGCAGAAGGAAGUGAGAGCACCGUACACGCUAGAUUGAAUGAGGAAGAUCUAACGGCUGAUAUUGUUUUUGAGGAUUGUCAAGUGAGUGCUGAGUUAAACGACGUCGUUAGGCUUGAAAAUGAAAUGUUGGAUCGUUUCAAUGGGGCUGGCUUUUGGAGAAGCCCUUCACAGAGGGACACGUCAUCAGGAAGCCUGUGAAUUCUUUUUAUGAGUCUUUUGGGUUUUUUGAAAGAAUCAAUAGUAAUUUAUUUA